AUGCUGGAAGUGUUCAGAGGCAAACCCUUUGUCAUCUCACUCGGCACUCAAAAUGAGGACAUCGGAAACCUUGCUUCGAGUUUAAAUACGUCCCUCGCGUGGAUCCAGACCGAUGUCUGCCCAUACAUAAGCGACGUGGACAUUGGAUACAUCACGAUCGGUAAUGAGGUGAUCCUGGGAGCGGGCGUGGCUUACGUCGCUCAAGCCAUAGACAACGAGGUGGUGGCAAUCUCCGCCGCUGGUAUCACGAAGACCAUUAUGAAAGUGUCCAAGGUGAUCGCGAUGGAUGUGCUCGCAAGCUUGUACCCUCCGUCGGCCGACGCAUUCUCCGAUACUGCCUCACAAGCGUUGAACCAAAUCGUGCCGUCGCUGGUGCGUCAAGGGGCGCCCCUCAUGCUGAAUGUGUACCCGUACUUCACGUUCUCGGACCCUGAGAAGAUCUCCCUCGAGUACACACUGUUCAUAUCAAGGGACGUCGUCGUGAGGGACGGGAGCCUCGAGUACCACAACCUGUUCAACGUGAUGGUCGAUUGGGUCUUUGCGGCCCUGGAGAAGAUCAAUGCGGCCGACCCGAGCAUUACCAUCUCGGAGACUAGAUGGCCGAGUGCCGAGAACCUGCCGCACGAGAGCACGGACAAUGCCAAAACCUACAACAGGAAUUUCAUGGAACGGAUCUUGAACAGGACCGGGAUGCCGAGGAGGCCGGGAGUGGCAAUGAACGCCUCCAUUUUUGACCUGUUCAAUGAGGACGAGAAGGCAGGCGGGGUGGAAUAG